CUCAUCCGGUGCAUUGAGGGACGUCCAGGUUCUCAUCUGAGCUCUGUACAGCAUCAGCACCAGCCGCUGCGUGAGAAACAAACCGAGUCGCAUCCCCGCGGAGAGCAGCGCCGCGUGCGCUUCAUUCAAUCUGGAGCGUCAGAUGGUGCAAGAUGCGCCGUUUCUUUGUCCUCCUCUACUCCCGGACUGAGCAAGUUAACACUGGAAGGGACCAAUAGUAGUUGAGGGAUCCGAGAAGACACGUUUGAACUGCACUGAUCGGCUCCUGCAGGACGCGCGCUUGGAUUGUUGUCCCCAUAUCAUCAUUCCCGUGGAUUUCCUGCUGGAAAACUAAACACGCGCGUCGCGGUUUCCAGAGAAAGAAAGCGAGUCGUAGCUGUUUAAAACGUGUUAAUUCGGCUUCUUUCUCGCGAGGGAGGAGCAAUGAGAGCGUAAACAACACUGGGUGGCUUUGUUUCUGAGACACAGACCCGAGGAAGAUCACAUUGACAUGUCUUUCAGUGCCGGAUUUGGAGAUACCGUUAUUUCUCCACUAACUUAGGGAAGUGUUGCCCGUGUCUCUUUGACUUUGCGUUACACCUCAAUUCUACUUUUCUAACAAACACAUGCAGUUUUCUUCACAUCUUCUCCCUACACGGUGGAGUGCUUGGGAUGCUUUCAUCGGAAGGGCGUUUUUGAUUCGCGUCUAUCGCGUUUGGAGUGAAGAAAGAUCCGUUUAAACCCGUUGCCUGGGCAUCAUUUUGUGGAGUUACAGCGACCCACGUGGAAACACGGACUCGAACAAGGAGGACAAGAUGGGCUGUUGCAGUGGUAGAUGCACGCUGGCAUUUAUAUGUGGCAUGCAAUUGAUCAGCAUCUUGGAGCGACAGAUAUUUGAUUUCCUUGGAUACCAGUGGGCUCCAAUCCUCACAAACUUUGUCCACAUCAUCACAGUGAUUCUAGGACUCUUUGGAACCGUACAGUUCAGACCGCGAUAUGUGACCAUGUAUGCGGUUUGGUUGGUGCUGUGGGUCGCCUGGAAUGUCUUCAUCAUCUGUUUUUAUUUGGAAGUGGGUGACCUUUCAAAGGACACAGACCUGAUUAUGACCUUUAACAUCUCCAUGCAUCGCACCUGGUGGAUGGAGAACGGCCCGGGGUGCAGGGUGACCCCCGUGACCCCUCCUCCCUCCUGGGCCCCGGAGGACCAUCGCUACAUCAGCAUUGCCGGCUGCCUGCUGGAGUACCAGUAUGUGGAGGUGGCCCACAGUUCCUUGCAGAUUAUCCUGGCUAACGAGAAGUGCUAUCCCUCUAAGGAGGAGCAGGGCUUAUUCAGGAAGAGUAAUUCAGGAGCCUUUCAGAUGGCCAAUGUCAUUCUCACGCUGAGAUAG